CCUUUCCUCUCCCUUCCCGUCCAAGAUGGAAGCAGAGUACCCCCACCACCAGGCGGGCCCCUCCUCCUCCUCCUCCUCCUCCACCACCACCCUCCUCUGGCCGUGCGCGACUCGCCGCAGGAAGAGGGGCGAGGACGGCGACGACGAGCUCUCGCCGGCGUCCGUGGCCAUGGAUCCCGACGCCGACGCGCAGCGCGCCGCGGACAAGCUGAAAGCAGUGGGAGAGGAACUUGGACACCAGAUCCGGGUUUUUUCAAGCGAGAAAUUUGCUCUACAACCUAACAAGCUGCCCAGUGCAGAUCAUGAGGAAGAUGAUGACUUUUAUGAACUUCAGCCUGCUGAUUACUUUAACUUGGUUUCGAACAGGAUGGCAGAGCAAUCUAAAAUGCUAAAGACUCGCAAGAUACGGGAGGCAGAACUUGCUGCUCAGCGAGCAAAGAUUACAAAGGCGGUAAUGAGGGUGAGAUUCCCUGAUGACCACAUUCUUGAGGCUGACUUUCUUCCAUCAGAGAGGAUUCAUAGUCUAGUGGACCUGCUCAUGAAAGUACUUGCUAGACCAGAUCUGCCAUUCUAUCUUUAUACAGUACCUCCAAAGAAGCGAAUACUAGACACAUCGCAGGACUUCUAUACAGCUGGUUUUGUCCCUGGAGCUAAUAUCCACUUUUCUUAUGAUCUUCCUGAAGGUUCAUAUACAGAUGAACUAAAAGCAGGACCUUUUCUCCGUGAAGAAAUUCAAAAUUUAGAUGGAUUGUCACUUCUGUUGAAACCUGCUAGUCAACCUGAUGAUUCUAGGAUGAACUCGUCUGCUCUUCAGUCUAGUGUACCUCAACCUGAUCCUGUACCAACAACAAAUAAGAAGCCAGGCAAACCAAAGUGGCUCAAAAGGUGAUACCACUUGGGGCGUCAAGUAUUUGCCUGCCCUCAACACAGGAUCACUCUGUCAGGCUUCUAAACACACAAUGAUUCAUGGUUAGCAACUUCAGAUUUGAACAGGCUGCACUGCUGUCCUCAAGCUGUUGGGGUGUUAGAAGUGGGUCCCCACUUAUGCAGGUGGGAGCCGAGUGGCAUGUAAAUUUUAUGUGUCACGACUCGUCAGAAUGGUGCUCUGGCUAAGCGCUUUGCCACCUUACGCGUUGUGUAAACCCCAUAGCAACAGUGGAAAUAAUACUCAGGUGUGCAAUGCUGUGCCUGCCUGUGUCCUCACACAAUACAUUCCACAAAACUGAAAGUGCUCGAGUCGGCCUGAAAGAUAUACCAA